GAGCAGCUGCUCGCGGGUAAGCACUGCACGAAUGCCCGGAGAUCUCCAGGAACGUUCGCACCAGAGACAACGGCACGGCAGCGGACCGCGCGCGUACUCCGCACUCGUUGUUUUCGUCCGUGGUCGUCGUUGUUUCUGUUGAUUGCCGCGGUCCACGACACCGGGGUGCGCGAUAAGUCCUGUGUUCGUCCGUACGUUUUUAUUUAUUUAUUUUUUUUUCCGCUUACUCCCACACGCGUACGCGCACGCACGCACUCGCAAACUUGCGAACCGGUGUGCGGGUGUCCGUCGGUCUUCCGCCUCGUUCCGGUCACGCGUCGCGAUUUCCGGAAAACUUUAAGAACCCUCCACCGCCAUCGGAGUUUUUAAUUUUUUUAAUUUUUUUUUUUUUUUAAUUUUUCUCACCCCUCCCCCGCCCCCUCGUUACCGUGCGACACCGUCGGUUUGCGACACGCCUGAUCUCGGCGCAGACCCAUCGCGCGCUGUUAUCGAUGGCGCACACGCGUGCAGGCGCACCUCAGCGGUCGCGCUCGUUUGACGGCGACGGCAACCCGUCGCAGCCGCAGCGGCACUAGCGAUAGCAGCAUCGGCGACAGGGACAUCAGCGGCGACGGCGGCGGCAGUGGCGGCGUCGACCCGGCACCGCGGCGACGACGGACCGGUAACAGGAGCAGCGAAAGCGGCCGCCGCCCGACGUGUUGUUGCAGCUGCCGCACGCGCGUACGGCGGGAAUACGGCGACCGCCGCGAGGACCACGGACACCGGGGCCGCGGUUACGGCGAUGAAGUGCUACUACGACCGUCGAGCCGCCACGCCCGAGCCGCGAUGACCGGCCGCGUCGCGCACACAGUCACGGCGGCAUGGCUGGCGGCCUGCGUCGCAUUUCUGGUGCCCGUCGCACCACCGGGCGUGCACGCUGCUGCCCCUGGCAGCGGUAUGUUCGGUGACGUAAAUAUAUCGGCAAUACUCGAUUCGUUCAGUUCGAGCUAUGACAAAAGAGUAAGACCCAACUACGGAGGGCCCCCAGUAGAGGUCGGAGUCACCAUGUAUGUUCUCAGUAUAAGCUCCGUGUCCGAAGUACUAAUGGACUUCACGUUAGAUUUCUACUUCAGGCAGUUCUGGACUGAUCCCCGGUUGGCGUUCAAGAAGCGACCUGGUGUGGAAACGCUAUCUGUCGGAUCGGAGUUCAUCAAAAACAUCUGGGUACCCGACACGUUCUUUGUCAACGAGAAACAAUCGUAUUUCCACAUAGCGACAACCAGCAACGAAUUUAUAAGGAUACACCAUUCCGGGAGCAUAACGCGGAGUAUUCGCUUGACAAUAACUGCGUCGUGCCCCAUGAAUCUGCAGUACUUCCCGAUGGACCGUCAACUAUGUCACAUCGAAAUCGAAAGCUUUGGUUAUACGAUGAGAGACAUCCGGUAUAAGUGGAAUGAGGGACCAAAUUCGGUGGGCGUGUCCAACGAAGUGUCCCUGCCUCAGUUUAAAGUGCUGGGACAUCGACAGAGAGCUAUGGAAAUAAGCCUUACAACAGGUAAUUAUUCGAGACUGGCGUGCGAGAUCCAAUUCGUGAGAUCUAUGGGUUACUAUCUCAUCCAAAUAUACAUACCCAGUGGAUUGAUUGUCAUCAUAUCUUGGGUGAGCUUCUGGUUAAACAGGAACGCCACCCCUGCAAGAGUCGCCUUGGGCGUGACCACUGUGUUGACCAUGACUACGCUUAUGUCUUCCACCAACGCCGCGUUACCCAAGAUAUCGUACGUGAAGUCCAUUGAUGUUUACUUAGGCACGUGUUUCGUCAUGGUAUUCGCAUCGCUUCUGGAAUACGCUACCGUUGGAUACAUGGCGAAAAGAAUACAGAUGAGGAAAAAUCGUUUCCUGGCCAUACAGAAGAUAGCCGAACAGAAAAAAGGCGGUCACGACGCACACGGCCACAGCCAUUCCCAUCAUUCCCAUCACCACGGUCACAGCUCGAUACCGGGCCAUGGCACUCUGUCCGGCCACGGCACACUGUCCGGCCACGGCACGCUGUCUGGUCACGGCACGCUGUCCGGCCACGGUAUGACCCCACACGGUACAUUGUCGGGCCACGGUUAUGACGGUCACCGGCAUAGUCACGGCGGCAGCCACGGCAACACGUUGUCUGGUUCAAUUCUAUCCGGAGACAUGGACCAUGCCCCCAGGCAAACCGAGGUACGGUUCAAGGCUCACGAUCCGAAGAACUAUCUGAAGGGCGGCUCGUUGGAGAACACAAUCAACGGCCGGGGGGACAACGAUGACAACAUCACCCCGUUGCCUCCGCAGCACGUCAUGCACCCGAGUAAGGACAUCAACAAACUGUACGGGAUCACGCCCAGCGACAUCGACAAGUACUCGAGGAUCGUGUUCCCGGUGUGCUUCGUGUGCUUCAACCUCAUGUACUGGAUCAUAUACCUGCACAUCAGCGACGUGGUGGCUGACGAUCUGGUGCUGCUCCAGGCGGACAAAUAACGACGGCGGCUCGUCAUCGCCCGUGACGGCCAAGAUAGCGCGGUGCACGGUGUCCCGAUAGCACACGGCGAUUGCAGAUUGCAACGCAGGGCUCGUCCCGCCGACGUUGUCCGAACACGACUAACAUGAAAUAUAAAAUUUUUAUCUAGGUUUAGUGAGAGCUCAAUGAAGAAUACAUCCCAAAAGUAUAUAUAAUAUACGGUAUACAAUAAACCCAUAUAUACAUAUAAAAUAUAUGAAUGUAUAUGUGCAGUAGUUGUACGGUUAUUAUUAUUAUUAUUAUUAUUAUUAUUAUUAUUAUUAUUAUCACGUCGUAUUACGUUUUAUAGGUCUAGAAAGAAUUUUUAUAUCUGCAGGGUCUUCGCGUAAUCUCUUGGCUGGCUAAUAGGAACGCGCGAAAUCAACCGAACGAAACUAAACGCGAUGAAAUCGAGUGUGACGGAACAACAAAAUAAAUUACCGUUUAACAAUAAAAAAAAAAAAAAUGUGUAACCUCCGCGUUCAAUACAUUUUAUUCAUUAUUGUAUACGUAUUAUCAUAUUAGCUGUCUAACACGUGCGCUACGAACUAACGUUGUGUAUUCGUACAACAAAUACGGAUUUAUGUUGUGUUUCCAAAUAUUCGCACCACUUGAGCUACAACAGAACACCAAAUUACGGUCAUUACUGUAUGUAGUGCAUAGGUAAAACAAUACAAUAGUCGCAUUCGUUAUCGUGUACCACCUGGUAUGAUUAUAUUAUCGUCUACCGUUCAGUUUCGCGUACGAUACCGAUCGAUUUUCUCCGUGUUCGUUAGUCAUCGUCGCAAGUUUCCCGGUUUACUCAAACUAGUCCUUUUCGAUUCGACAACCGAUCUGCAUGUUUUUCACCGCGCAAACAGUUCCACCACCUACCCUACAUUUCUAUGAUCAUUUAUUAUUAUUAUAUUCGAUCCGUCGUUUUGGUCGAAUUUGAUUUAACGUAGUUAACGCGAGCAGAAAUUAAAUUCAUAGUUUGUACAUUAUGUUCUAUGGGUUCGCGAGAAAUAGACAAUUAAACAUAUUCCUUGAUCGACAAAGUACGUGCGUUAUCAUCUCAAAUCCAUAUUUACUUAUCCCCCCUGCACACAAAAUAUACAUUUGAUUUUUAUUUGACACAGCUUAUAAUUAUUAUACAAUUCCUUAUUUAUAUAGAUAAUAUAUAAACCUAAUGAGAUUGCGGUUACUUAUUACGAUGACGAUUAUUAUUACUCUUAUUGAUAACUGUAAAAAAAAUUUAAAAAAAUAUAAAGUUAACUAAAUUUGUAGCAUUUUAUACUGAAGCAAAAAAUGAAUAUAAACUUGUAAAAAUCUAAGUCUAAAAUAAUUCCAUGUACAUAUAAUAAUCUACUACUAUAUAACUAAGUACUCGAAAUAAUAAUUAUUUAGUCUUACGAUUCAGAAUUGAUUUCAUCGCCA